CUAACCGUAGAUCAGAUGAUCUGAGCUGCAUUGUAAAUAGACAUCGGGGCCAUGGCUCCGCAACCUCUUUAAACCAGCUUCGGCUCCGGCUCAGUCACUUAUUUUACUUGAAGGGGUUUUUCUUUUUAAGCACGCGUCGGCCUUCCUCUACCAGCUGCUGGUCGUCUCGGCCGGUGAAAGUGUCAUUAAAGUAUGUACCGGUCUCUAUACGCUUUCCGAUCCGCCGAGCCCAACUCGCUGCACUUCACGGCCGGAGAGAGCUUCCUCAUCCUGGAGCGCAGCAACAAACACUGGUGGCUGGGCUCGCGCUGCGCCUCCGGUGAAACUGGCUACAUCCCCGCCUCGUACAUCGAGAAAAUACAGGCUCCGGAGCAGGAUGAGGUGUUGCAGUCUAUCGACAGAGCGAUAGAAGGAAUCCACAAUGUGGCCUUGAAGAAUGGCGGCAAAUACAACCUGGAGCAGCGGGAUGUUCUGCAGAAGCUGAUCCACCACAGAAAGGAGACCCUCGCUCGCCGGGGAUCCCCCAGUCUGAAGCAAGGCAUCACGUCGUCCAACAGUGAAAUAUCUCUCAGUCAAACUCCGCCUCCACCAAACGGCUUUAACAAGGACUAUGGGCGCCAGGGAGGCGUACCAACGUCAGGCAGCAUGGACAACAUGCAGCGAGAUCACGGCUUCUAUCAGGUGCCUCCACAGGCCCGCCGUGCUGCCCCCGUCACCCCCCCACCUCCCGAGAAACAGAGGAACCGAGAGCGCUCAGGCGAGCCGGAGGUCGCCUCCAGAACGUCCUCGCUCCCUCCGUCUCCUGGCCCCUCUCUCUCCAUCAGCACCACCUCGCUGGAGUCUGGCUCCUCCCACUCUCUGGUCUCAUCCGAAGCCAGUCUGCCGAGCGUCUCCAGUACGCCCCCUCCGCCGGUGCCGUCCCGCGUGAAGCCCUGCGCCGCCCAACCUGACCAGCAGGCCUCUAGCCCCCAGCCUGCUCCUGGGAAGAAGAGUCCCGCUCCUCCUCCCCCCCAGCCGGCCCCCCCUCUGAAGUCCGCUCCCGUGGACCAGCCAGACAGUGAGUGGCCGGUCGCCCCGCCCUCUGUGGCGGAGAGCCCCCCUGGCAGCCCCACAUCCACCAAGCCCGUUCCCAUGACCAUCGGGCCGGAGCUGAUCGAGCUGGUGCGGAAAAACACGGGUUUGAGUUACGAGCUGUCCCGGGUGGCCGUGGGAGUCGUGGUGGGACACCUGCAGAGCGCUUUGCCUCAGUCCUCGACAGCCCUUGAGCAAGUUCUUCUCUCACUGGUGGAGAGCAAGGACCUGAGUGCUGCGCUGCCCCAGGGGCAAGUGUGUCAUGACGAACAGCGACUAGAGGUCAUCUUCAGCGACCUCACUCGUCACCGCGACGACUCCCAGCAACGCAGCUGGGCUCUUCAUGAAGACCACUCCCUCAUCGCCUGCUACCUGGAGGAGCUCCUGAAGAUCCUGACGGAUGCCGACCCAGAAGUGUGCAAGCGGAUGUGCAAAGCCAACCAUCAUGAGAACGUGAUGUCGCUGGUGUCAUAUUAUCAGAUGGAACACCGCGUGUCUCUCCGGUUGUUGCUGCUCAAAGUGUUUGGGGCCAUGUGCAGCCUGGAUGCUGCUCUGAUCUCUGCUCUCCUCAACUCCAUCCUCCCCAUGGAGCUGGCGCGGGACUUACAGACCGACACUCAAGAACACCAGAAGAUGUGCUACACAGCCUUGGUCCUCACCAUGAUCUUCUCCAUGGGGGAGCAGGUGCCAUAUCAUCACUAUGAGCACCUAAAUGGUGAGUUUGUGGAGUUCCUGCUGGGCGUCGUGGAGGACGGGCUUCCAUCUGAUCCCACGGAGCAGCUGCCUGACAUUUUCCUCAACCUCCUGCUGAGCUUCAACCUGCACCACACUGCUCCCAGCAACAACGUGAUCAUGCAGGAACUGAGGAAGAAGAACGUCAAGAUUCUGUCUGAAAAAGUUCUGCUUCUUCUCAACCGAGGAGACGACCCGGUGUGCAUGUUCAAGCACACGCCGCCGGCCCCUCACUCCGUCCUGAAGUUCCUGCAGGAUGUCUUCGCCAGCCACGAGACGGCCGACAUCUUUUACAGCUCCGACAUGAGGGUGAUGAUCGACAUUGCUGUGCGGCAAAUAUCCGAUCUCUCACCCGGCGACAAGCUGCGAAUGGAGUAUCUUUCUCUGAUGCACUCGAUCAUGGGCUCGACCGACUACCUGGAACAUCAGCACCGGCUCUCCGACCUCCAGGGGGCGCUGCAGAGGAUCCUCCAGGAGGAGGAGGAUCCAGGAGAGGAUGAAGGCAGCGCCACGGCCAAACAGAUGGAUAAGCUGAUUGUCCAACAGAUCUACAAUGAGUUUCCGCAGAUCCGUUAGACGGAGUCGUCAUCACGAUGCUGCUCACACACUGUGGUCUGCUGCCCCCUGCUGCAGAGAGUUGGAAAAAAAACUGGAAUGAUGCUCACUUUUCUGUGCCAGAAGCAAAUAUAAGCCAGUUUUUUUUUU